AUGGAUGACUGUCAUGUACCAUUUGGUAAUGACGAGAGUUAUAGGGAAUUCUUGCUGCUUCUAUACGAAGGAGGAGGAGAAAAAGACGACCACGGCGAUAAUACCUCAGAAAUCCCUUUUGGCGAGGAUGAUAGUUACCGUGAGUUCCUCCUUCGUUUGUACGAAGAAGGAGGAGAAGAAGAAGAAGAGGACGGCAGAAAUGCCUUGGCACGUUGUGAAAUAGAAGAAGAAGAAGAAGAGGACAACGUAAAUGUCUUGGCACGUUGCGAAAUAGAAGAAGAAGAGAAGGACGGCGUGGAUGCCUUGGAACAGUUCAGCGAGAUAAAAGAAGAAGAACCGACCGACAAAACGUGCGGGGUAUGA